AUGAGUCUUACCCUGACUUUGCACUCGAUUUCAGGGCUGAAGGGACAUGGAGACAGGGUCGCAAAAAUUACGUUUAGAGAAUUAUCUCAUUCAACGAGAUUAUUGCAAAAUUGUGGCGCUGACGCUCUUUUCGGGGAGAAAUUCGAAUGGCCUGUCGCCUCUGAUGUCCAAGAUGGCGAUGUCAUCGAAGUCUGUCUCUACAACAGUCUUGUUUUCGGCCGAAACAAGGUGGUUGGUCGAUUUGUCAUGGUCCUCCAAGAAGUCGUGAAAGUCGGCUUCCUUGAAGUCUCCGAAACGCUUCUAGACGAUAAUAACUGUGCGUUACAGGCAACAAUCAGGUUGACGUUGACUUACUCGGCCCCAGAUGGCACCGUUGGUUCGUGGCAAACCGAGGAGUUCCGCCCAUCUGGCCGGCCAAACUCGGCUUUUGAGCUAGACGAAGAGUCAGAUGCGCGCUCACUACGCUCCGAUACUGGUGAAAACAUGCCUUUAAUCCGCUCGCGAACAAGCGACGCUCGUAUCGCUAUGUCAAGCAUCUCGGGCUUGAAAAGGUUACGUAAUCGGAAAGCUUCGCACGCCGAUAUUCUUGAAGAGGGAUCGCUGAAUGUUCCAGCCAGCCGCAGAAAGCCGAUAACUGCGAUCCCACCUCAUUUGCAGCAGCAGCGUCAAUUCAAUUUCGAUCCCCUAAGCGAUGGACAGUCAAUCGUUUCGAAUAAUGUCAUCACGGAACCAUGCACGAACAAACGCUCAAAGCCAGAGAUGGCGUCCGAGAGUCAAAUCGGACUCAGGAAUAACCAAUUCCAAGUCACAAUUACUGUCAUUGAAGCCCGUCAGCUGAUGGGAACGAACAUGGAUCCAGUGGUGGAAGUUAAAGUCGGCGACGAGUGCCGUUUUACAUCACAAAAGUCCUCCACGAACUGCCCUUAUUACAACGAAGUAUUCGUCUUUGAUUUCAACAUACCACGCGGCGUGUUUUUGGACAAAAUGGUGACGUUGACGGUGUUGCACUCAAAGAAUAUGCUUCGAAGUGGAACUCUCGUGGGCCGCUUCAAAAUGGACGUCCGAACAGUCUAUGAAGCACCGGAUCAUCAAUUCUUUCAUCGAUGGGCGAUUUUGACCGACGGAAAAAACGCCGCUUGCAAAGGAUAUUUGAAGAUGGACAUCUCCGUGUUGGCAAAAGGCGAUAUGCUCAGAAGCAUCAAACCUACUGAUAAUGACAAAGAAGACGACAUAGAAAACAAUCUUCUUCUCCCUCAUGGAAUUACCGAACGAGUAAUGGCGCGAUAUUAUUUCCGCGUCUUCUACGCCGAAGGAUUGCCGAAAAUGUCCUCCGACACGGUCGGCAAGAUCAAGUCGGUGAUCAAGGGCGAAAACAGGGAUCUGAUCGAUCCGUAUGUAGAAAUUUCCUUCGCUGGGCAGAAAAGAAGGACUUCAACGGAACAUACUUACGAAGCUCAAUGGAAUGAAAUGCUGCAGUUUACAGAGCUCUUUCCAGCUCUUUGUCAACGAGUUCAGAUCCAAGUUCGAAACGACGGGAUGCAAGACAGCGUCAUUGCCACUCACUUUCUGGACAUGUCAAAGAUCUCCAAUCAAGGAGAUAAAGGAUACCUGCCAACGUUUGGCCCGACGUACAUAAAUUUAUACGGCUCUCCGCGAGGUUACUCUGUCACUGGCGAGCAUGGAGAAUUGAAUGAUGGAAUCGGAGAAGGAGUUGCUUUCCGUGGCCGAUUAGUAGUUGCUUGUCAUAUUGAGCUGAUCGACGAGGCAGCUGAUGACAAUGCAAUGGAAGAUUCUGAUGAUGAAGCAGAGCCGAGACCGAUUCAAAGUCUCUCCGAAAACAGUCUGGGAAGAGUAGAAGAGUUCUUCCUCUUUACAACUUUCCUCGAAGCAUCAAUGAUCGACAAAAAAGCGACUGAUAAACCGAUUAGCUUUGAAGUAUCGAUUGGUAAUUAUGGAAAUGUCGUGGAUGGAAAAAAUAUUCCUUCAAAAAGUGAUCGUCAAAAGGACGCUGAUGACGAUCAUGAUGAUGCUGACACAAAAAGGACGAGUUAUCCUAUCUUUAAUCACUUAUUCAAAUAA